ACUCACUCGAGUACAAACGGGCCUGGCACUCAAACCUCGUACGUCCUGUUGAAACAAAAAGGCUGAUGACGUGAUAAAAUUGUGAAUAUUGACUGGCUCUCACCUCAUUCCAUCUGUCUCUUACCUAAGGUAUCUCAGUCUGGACCCAAGAGGCUUCUAUUCAUGGCAGGCAACACCGUCUGCUCUGCUCUGCUCUGCUCUGUUCUGUUGGGGUUUCGCUAGGUAAACGUGCCUCCCCUUUCCAAUUUGAAGCGGGUGACUCCGGAACAGUCUUCCCGUCCGAAGCGAGCUCCCCCUUCCUAUACUGAUCACCUACCUUACUACAUUACUUUACCUUACCUACCUACGUCCUUCGCUGUCUUAUAUCACCCUCUUCUCUCGCCCCCCACAGUCGUUUCUCUUUCUUAAUUUCCAUUCACCUUCAACUUGCGUCUUCGGUCUCAUCCCAUCGACGUGCUGGGUCUCGACAGUGCUCAGGUGUACUGACCCAUAGCAUCGUCUCCCUCAUCACUCGUUACCUGCUUCAAAUAGCACCACAUUCGUUUCUCCUUCAUUGGAAAGUACGAAAGUAAGAUUCAGCUGCCGUGAGCAUUCCUGGCUUCUUCUCCCUUCACAUUUGUUGACAAUACAUGUGCUGACGCGUUUUGGUUUGCAGGUCAACAUGAAAGUCAACACACUCUCCCUCGCCACAGGAUAUAUCCUUCUGGCACUCGCACCAGGCAUCUAUGGUCUUCCAAACUGGUUCCAUGCAGACCACGAAGCUGAUGAUAUCGCCAAUCUUCCUCGCCAGUACAAUGUUUAUGGUGGGAAUCCGGCUGCGUACGGAGGAGGUUAUACCUACCCAGGUUAUGGUCCAGCUCCAACCGUCUCACAGGCAAACAUACCCGCUUCAACAACUGCCACAUCUGACGGUGAAGCAAUUUCCUCAGAUCCUUACACUGGUAAGCUGUCCAAAGCCUUCCAAGGUCACCAGCAACUUACAUGUCAUUUCGCAGUCCCUACCCCUGAAUCUUCAACCAGCACGUCAAUUAUUGCUUCACCGAGUGUAUCGCCUCCGGCUUACACUUCCAGCUCGGACGUAUCGUCCAGCAUAUCCCCAACUCUGAGCUCUCUCUUCAGCUCUGGGUUGUCAACUGCCACAGGCUCUGCUUCAUCCAGGGUCGAGACCCCCACUGCUGAAGGUAGUUUCACCAGUACGACAUCGUCUCCACCACUGUAUACCUCACCAAGGACUAGCAUUGGACCGUCGACAUCAUCGGAAGUUUCUGAAAUUGAGAGCAGCGCAUCAUCUGAUUUUACAUCUGAUUUCUCAACUCUGAGCUUGGGGGAGACAACCUCCAGUGCUAUCGGCAUCUUUACCUCCCAGUCAAGCACCAUCACUUCAGAUACCUAUAUGCCAACAGCCAGUGCUGUCCACUCAUCCUCGGCGACCUCGAUCCAAGGCCAGACAUCCUCGACAGCUGGAGUGGUUGUUACAUCGAGCACAAGCUCUGAGCCGUACCCUCCAAUCACUUCAUUUCCUCCUGUCACCACACCGAAGCCCGUGAAGUGUAAUAAGAACAACUGUCUGCGUCAAGUCAUUCGCUCUUCAUCUCUCGCUGCAGGCUUUUGUGCAACGUACACCACAACCAUCAACACGGCAACGACAAGCCUUCCAAGCUACUUUUCCCAGUGCAAAGACUCUCCAGCAGCAGUUUCUUCCGCAUGUUCCUGUAUUGCAACAGCACCAAAUACUUCAACCCUGCCUGUGGCAUCAUCAAGCAUCAAACUCUCUUCUUCAUCAACUGGAAGUGCAUCGAGUUCAUCGGUAUCAUCAAUUCCUUUGACGAGUUCUUCCGCCCAAGGACCGCUGACAUCCACAACACAGAGCAGCAUCGAUUAUACCCAACCAUCGACGUUCACCUCUAGAUCUGCGAGUCAGGAUCUGAGUACCACCGUUGCAACUUCUCAAAUCACAACAACCGCUGUCACAUCUCUGCCAAUUGUUACGGGCUCUUCAGGAAUCGUCCUACCCUCAAGCUCGUCGGGUCUGUACACAAACACAUCUUCUGUCGAGAUAUCAAGUACUCUGACUGGAGGAAUUGUAACUUCGACUCCGUCAAUCGGAUUUAGCACCUCAUCAAUUCCCACUUCGGCUCCAUAUUAUAGUUCCAACUCAUCAAACUAUGUUGAGCCGACUGGAUCAUCUACAGAGCAAUCCACGGGCUCGACUUCGCUGGAUGGAUCGACCACAUCGUCAGAGAGAAUUGCGACCUCGACAGCGUCUCUAGGGUUCAGUAGCUCCUCAGUACCAACUUCAGCCCCGUACUAUAAUUCCAACUCGACAAUAUCAGUCGGUACCACCGGGAUCCAGUCCUCUUCUAUGUCCCCUGACUUCUCGAGCACUUUGACUGACGGAACCACAACCUCAAAACCUUCUUUGGGCGUUUCCAGCUCAUCUGUCCCGACUUCAGCGCCGUACUAUAACUCCAAUUCUUCGACAAUCUUUGGACCCACUGGAGGUUCAACAAGCUUGAUUUCGGUUGAUACAUCGAGCACAUUAACUGAUGGAAUUGCAACUUCAACAUCGCCAAGCGGAGCCAUCCCAACGUCUGCGUCGAGCACGGCUGGGCCCUACCCCUAUACUAAUACGACUUGCUCCGAGGAUCCAACCGGUACCGGUUACUCAACACAUCCUACGGGAACAGCACCCUACACCUUGUCAUCCACCUCAUCUCCACCUUUCCCAGCUGAUACAAGCUCGACAGCCAGCGGUAAUAUUGGUACCGACACGACAAUUCGCAUCACUACUCAGAUCACUGUCACGGUACCAGCAACCUCAAGUAGCACUCAAGGCCCUUUAACAACUGGAGUGUCGGAAUCUAGCAUCUCGGGUGGAAUCUUCACGUCUACCGACUCGACAACACCGCCAUACCCAACAACCAAUACGAGUUCGUUGGUAAGCGGCACUGGUCCUUAUCCAAGCUCGACAGUAUCUGGAGGUGCGUCUUCAUACACACUGCCGCCAUACUCGCCAACGAUUUCUGGGGGCUUCAGUACAUCUUCCGCCAGUGGGUUGUUUCCCACGUCCGCUCCCUUUCCGCUUUCAAAUUCAACCUCGGCCGUUGGCCCAACGGGCACUGGAAUUAUUGCCUCAUCAACAGCCUCCGACGACGGAGCGUCCAGCUCGACGACAUCAGCACCGUACGGGAUCUCCUCAAAUUCCAGCUAUGCCCUUCCAACCGGUACAAGAAGCUCUCCAUCAUCCACCAACUCAAAUGAUGGCGUAGUGACUUCUUCGUCUUCGUUCUAUCCUCCAUACGGGUUCCCAUCCAAUUCUAGUGCUGUAGCUGGUCCCACAGGAACUGGUAGCUACUCAAGUAUUACUGAAACAAGCUCUGCUAUCGGUGUUGUGACAUCGCUGACUUCGUCUGGUCCCUACGGUUUCCCGUCAAACGCGAGUUCCGUUGCGUCUCCUACUGCAAGCGGAAGUGCCUCUAUUACAGAAACUAGCUCUGGUAUGACAGUUUUAGCCUCGUUGUCUUCAUCACUUCCUUACGGAUCUCCUUCCAUCUCAAGUACGUUGAUCGCGCCCACAGGAACCGGUAGCUCUCCAGGCUUUACGGAGACUAGCUCUGCAAUAGGCAUCACAACAACUGAAUCGAGUAGCAUCUCGGGCUCGUUCACCGACACACCUCCAUUGACCACGGCCGGCCCUCCAUAUCCUGGAAAUUCUUCCUCGACGGCUUUGGGCGGAACUGGCACUGCACCGGCCUCUGUAUCAACAGUCUUCGUAACCUCAACUGCAUACUUGCCGAGCAGCAAGUCAUGCACAUUGACACGAAGCACAGUGUUAUCCACUGUUUCUGGAGAGGGCUCUUCAACCUCCGAACUUUCCACAUCGACAGCUGAUGGUGCUUUCACAAGUUCGUCCACAUCAUCCCUUGUGGCAUCAACGGAUGACCCCUCGGUUCCAUCUACACUGAUCACAUCUGUUUCUACAAUCGAUCUACCAGUCGAGACUCCAACAUCUCCCGGGAUUUACUCAUGGGGGUAUGGUCCAUACCCAACCACCAUUCCACAGCCAUAUGGUCCUCCGUCUUUUGGCGGAUAUAACUUUGGGGGGACUGCCAGACGCAAUGUCGGUCGUCGAUGGCUCUGGUGACGACAAUACUCUCCCAUGAUUUGAACAUCUUGCUUUAGACUUGCUGUCACAUCUCCUUUGGGAGAUAUCCAAAUAUUCUGUUUUGCUGUUCAGAUUUUUUAUGUUGAGAUGAAAGUGGGUAACGGCCGGUGAAAUCUGGGCUCUUUCAGGAGUCAUAAAAGUUUCGAAGGUAUUAUAGAGUUGCUUCGAGAAGGAAGCAUUAUUGUAUCUGGGCAAAGUACAAAAGAG